AUGAGCUAUUUCCUCUCCUACUGCAAAGCACACUGCACCGCCGUGCUCACCCAGUACCAGACCCUGAGAUCAGAGGGCUUUCUGUGCGAUAUAUUACUGAAAGUAAAGGAAAACGAGUUUCCUGCACACAAGUCCUUGUUGGCAUGCUCCAGUGACUAUUUCCGAGCCAUGUUCAAAAGUUACACUCAAGAGUCUAAAGCCAGUGUCAUUCACCUUCAAGUUGUCUCACCCACUGGCCUCCAGCACGUCCUGGAUUUCAUUUACACUUCCUUGUUGCCCCUUUCCUUUGAAAGCCUGGAAGAUACCUUGGAAGCUGCAAGCUACUUGCAAGUGACUGAUGCUAUUGGCUUGUGCAAUCAGUACUUGGUUAACAACCUUGCCUUGGAAAACUGCUGCUUCUCUGCCAACGUGGCCAGGAAGUUCUACCUGCCGGACGCCUUAGUAGCAACAGAAAAAUACAUUGUCAACAAUCUCUGGAAGCUGCUGGACUUGGAUUUGUCAGGGCUGCUCGAGCUGAACUUCAGGUCUUUGCUAGCAGUGGUUGAAUCGCCAGACCUCCCCAUGGUGAAAGAAACCCGUCUGUUGAACCUUGUGCUGCUGUGGCUGAAGCAGGAUAAAUCCAGGCUGACUCAUGCCAGCAGCCUUUUAGAGCACAUAAGAUACGGCCUCAUCCCGGUGGAAGAGCUGAGAAAAGCCUACACGCAGUCAGAAGUGCCCCUCUCCGCAGGUAUUAAGUGCUUGAUCAUUAAAGCAAUAAAUUACCAUACAUCUGUUUUCAAACAGCCUGUCCUGCAGGAUAAGUCCACCACGCUGAGGAACCAGAAAACUCGGAUCAUUCUGCUGGGGGGAGGGACAGCAAGCGAGGGGCUCGUCACUGAUGUGGUGGCCUUUGAUGUUUACAAUCACAAAUGGCGAGCUCUCACGCAGGUGCGGAACAGGGUGCAGAACCACAGCGUGUGCGUGGUGGGGAACUUCCUUUACGUCUUGGGUGGGGAAAUAGAAAGCGGUGCCCCGGGUGACCCUAAAACCGAAAAGAUCUUACUGGUUACAAAUAAGGUCCAUCGUUACGAUCCGAGAUUUAACACCUGGACCCAAAUCACGGGCAUGCUGGAAAAGAGAUGCCAGUUUUCUUGUUGUGUCCUAGGCCAUGAUAUCUUUGCCAUUGGUGGCAGGGGUGAGGAUGGGUCACUGCAUUCGUCUGUGGAAGUCUACAACAUUAGCAGGGACAGAUGGACGAAGGCCAGGGAUUUGCCGUGCAAGAUGCAUGGCCAUGCCAGCGCCAUUUGCAAGAAUACUAUAUACAUCUCAGGCGGCAAGUACACAGAGCCAGCCAACACAAGCAAGGACCUAUAUUCUCUGACCUCGCUUGAAGGGCAGUGGGUGAAACAAGCUCCCAUGAGCAUUGCUCGGUUUGGGCAUCAGAUGGCGACAAUCAGAGAAGCCAUAUUCACAUUCUUAGGAUUGUAUGAACCGUUCUCUGAAAUAGAAAGAUACGACCCUGAUCAAAACCAAUGGACUCGGCUAAGGCCACUGAUCUACGAUCGGUUUUGCUACGGCCUGGCAGUGGUAGAGGAAACAGCUCUUCUCAUUGGGGGUAAGAAAUGGCAAAACUCGCGGGAAGUGCCCACGCAAGACGUGGUCGGCUACGACAUCGACAACGACGGCUGGGAAGAGAUCUGCAAAGCCCCCUUGCCUUGGUGCGGGCUGCAGUGUGCGGUGCUGCAGCUCUCUGAACUGGGCGAUGAGCAGGACAGUGACAGCCAGCAGAAGAGGCCACCGAACUGCUGA